CCAGGACUCGCGUUGAUGCAAUUCGAGAAUCUGGCGGAUCUCAAAAGCGACACGGUACGGAGGUGGGUAGAGUCCAAUCCUUCGCCCACCCUCCAACGCGCUGACACCCCCAAGUCCGGCAAGAACAGCCUCAACAACAACACCAUCGACUUCGCCCAGACGUUCUGGGGCAGGCCGAAGGACGAGAUGCCCAUGCUGCUCCACCAGACGCCCGGACACAUGCUGCUGCCCCACGAGGCGGAUCAGCCCCUCGACUUCACCAUGUCAAAGUUCAAGACUAAGACGUCCGUCGCGUCGCAACUCAAUUUCGCACAGCAGCACAUGAUGCUGCUGCAGAACAACGGCUUGUACUUUAACAGGAGCAACAACAACAAGAGCUUCACGCGCGGCAGCAGCCCGACGUCGAGCAGUUCAGAGGAGGAAGGCGUCGGACCGCCGGCGGGAUCCCCCAGGUCUCCACCACCCAGCCCGCUGAGGAUGCGAGGCGACGAAAUAACCACAUCUCCCAACACACCGUCGGCAGACACAAAAUACGGGAAGUUAUGGCUAAACGAACCAGAGAUGACCUGGCGGCAGGAGAUGCCGGUGCCGUCGAGCGAGGAGUCAAAAAUCGCGCUCCAAAGUCGACUGGGCCUCUCACCGACGGAACCUCGACCCCUCACCAGGCUAGAGAAAACACCUUCCACCCCUCCAUCACAAGACGACGGAGAUGCCAAUGGCGACGUCAGCGGGGACGACCAAAGCAUCGCCAGCGACCAGCAGCUCGACCCAAACGAGGAGAAUUCCAUGGACUCAGACCGAGGGGGUGCCCUGAAUUUGGUGACCGCCGAGACCGACCAGCCCAGAGUGUCCACCCCCAACUCCCAGGUGACAAGCUCGAGCCCGGGAGUGGGAGCCGCCUUAGCAGCCCUGGGAGGUCUGGGAGGGAUCUUCGGCAACCACCUGCAGAUGCUGGGCAGCCUGCAGGCCUUCCAGAGCCCGCAGAGCCUGCAGCAGCUGCAGCAACUGGCAAUGCUGCAGCAGGCCAGCGGGAACCAGAUGAACCCACAGGCGCAGUUCUUCCUGCAGAACCAGGGCUUUCUGCAAGGCUUUCCAAGAUCUGGUCUGCCCUCCAGACCGUCGCAUUCGAUGCAGGUACAACAGAUCGCACAAGCAGCUCAACAGCUCCAACAGCUACAAAAAGCACAACAGCAAAACUCGAACCAACACAACAGCAGCAUUCCACAGAAUGCCCCUCUACCCCAAACGCAAACCACCCCUCCAAACAACACACACAACAUACCUGCCAGUAUGCUGACACCCAGCACUCCAGGCUCUGGGGGUUUGACGCCGCAACACCUGAAAACCCCUUCCAGAAUCCUGGAACCCUCGCCAGAAGAAACCACGGACCUUGAGGAGCUGGAACAAUUCGCCAAAACCUUCAAACAACGUAGAAUCAAAUUAGGUUUUACGCAAGGUGACGUGGGAUUAGCCAUGGGAAAACUCUAUGGCAACGAUUUCUCCCAGACGACGAUAUCCAGGUUCGAGGCGCUAAAUCUGAGCUUCAAGAACAUGUGCAAGUUAAAACCGUUGCUUCAGAAGUGGCUGGAAGACGCCGACAGUACUCUGACUAACCCCGGAGCGCUCAGUAAUCCCAUGACAACACCCGAAACUAUAGGAAGAAGAAGGAAGAAGAGGACCUCGAUAGAAACCAGUGUCAGAGUAGCAUUAGAGAAGGCAUUUAUGCAGAAUCCGAAACCAACCUCCGAAGAGAUCACAAUGCUAGCCGAUGGACUGUGCAUGGAAAAGGAAGUGGUGAGGGUAUGGUUCUGUAACAGAAGACAGAAGGAGAAGAGGAUAAACCCCCCUACGGCGGCAAUGGGAUCACCCUGCUCUGUGGGGAAUAGCAACGGAAACAUGUUCCACAUCGCCAACACCCUGGCGACUAGUCCUCUGUCCUUGGUGACGUCCAGUGGACACAACUACAACCCCAAUGUGAUGGUGAAGCAGGAAUGACACCACGUCAACUUCUUCGCCGAUCACUACCUGGAAUAAUCGGUUUCUCUGUGUGCAAUGAGAUUGAGUUGCCCGUUACUCUGUGUAUUAUAGACGACUGUGCAGAAAUCGUGUAAAAUACGAGGCGGAUCCAAGGGACGUUCUGGUUUUUAUAUAUGCUGAACUUUUCGUGGAUGACAUCUUUAGUCAGUAUUUUCGACAUUCAAUAUUUGUGUGUUGGAUCUCAGUCGAACAUAAUCAUUUAUAUCCCCAUGGAAAUAUCGAUGUACAUUCGUGCUUAUUAUUUAUUUUACAAAUUUUAUUUGCACCUUUUCGUCCUCACGUUGUACUAACCGUCUUCCACUUGAUAAGUUCCUAAUGCGUAGUUUAGUCACAUUUUAACCACGUAUUUCAUUGAAUGAUUCGACUGGUCUGUUGUUAUUUAUGCCAAAAAUACUUAUGAUGUCCAUAUAUAUAGCGUGUAGGUAGGUAUUAACACCUUUUGUUUUAUAGUUUUAUUUUAUUGUAAAAAUUGUAAUAUCACUUUUUAUAUAAUUAUUAUAUAUUAUUAUAUCACUGUAAAUAAACAAUCGUUUUUGAUUGUAAGAUCCUUUCUUUCCCUCAAGCAAAGAAACAAAUUUCCUGAGACUUCUUCACUGCUAUACAGAACAGACACAUUAAAAUUGGUUGUACUUUAAAAAUAAACUUGAAUUUAUUUUUAUGAAAGUUUGUGUGAGGAAGGCACGGAAAAUUAUGACCAGCUUGGCGAGAAGAGGGACCGAUUAGAGAUUGGCAGGUGACAUUCAUUCGUUAAGCAGGGUCUCAUAUUAUUAUCUAUUUGAUUGACUGUCAGUUGCUAAUCGUGUACAAUUUGUAGAUAGAUACAUGUUAUAAUGGUAAAUAUAUAAGUAUUCUAGACAUAGCCAUUUGUUUAGUACCCAAUGUAUAUGACUUUUAUUAACCUGCUCUUUGUAUGUACGUCAGUGUAUAUAUCGAAUUUAGUGGUUCUUUUUUUACGAGGACCAAUUUAGAGAUGUUUAAAGUUCCUAAUUAAAAUUAAACGAUUGUUGAUAUUAAUGAGAACAGCGCGAUAUCACCAAAUAAAUUUUGUUUUGUAAGUUAAUUUUGUACUAUAAUUUCCAUUCGCAGGGAUCGACGCACUCUCUUGGUUUUAGGCCUGAAAUGUUGGGAGGAAUAGGGUCCGUAUUCCCGUUUAUUUCUUUACACACAUAUAUUUACCCAAUAGUGUUUGUUUUCUUAUACAUUUACCAUCACCACUCGAACCGUUCCGCUAUGUUGCGUCUCAGGUGAAAUAUAUUUGAAAGCGGCACGGUUUAACUGGGCACUUGCUUAAGCACACAUACCUAUUCUUAUAUCUGUGUUCAAGCAAACUAAGUAUAGUACUCGUGAAUAUAUAUGUCCGCAGAAAUGUUCAGAGGCCAAUUUUUCCAACCCAAUGCACAUAUCGUACUACGUUAUAGUUGUACAGUAUUUUAGAUAUUACUUAUAAUUUUGUCUGUGAACAUUUUGAACAAUCAACGUCAUAUCAAUGUGUGGUUUUAGUAUUAUGUACAUUCAGCUACACCAGUAAUGUUACUUACGAUUACCCUGGAAAGUUGUAAAGUGAAAUGUAAAACUCCCAUAGGACUUAGUCUAGUAGGUAUAUGUGUGUAGUAUAAAUGUGUUUAGAUACUUGUGACUGGGGAAGGAGGCCAGUUGCAUUCAAAAAUUGAAUUUGAACUGUUUUACAAAUUCGUAUUGAGUAAAAAUUCAGUUUUAGAACUUUUGUAACUAUUUAGUAAUCUAAAGUUUUUGAGAUGUAUAAGACCCUAUUCAGAAGUGUAAUAUAAUGGUGGUCUAGGCAAUAACAUGUACAUUAUUUUCAUUAAAGAAAUGGAUUCGUAA